CUGUCGCAAAGCUGCUGCAGGGCCGUCCACGACUACGCCAGACCUCUACUGUCCACGACUGCGCCAGACCUCUACUGUAUACUGACCACCCCACUGCACCUGCGCCCCAAUGUCCCCGCUGACCGGCGCUCCACGCCCCGGACUGCCCUGAACACCGCCGCCAUGUCAAAACCCAAAGCGUCCAAGGCCUCCACAUGGCACGCCCUCAACGUCGAGUCCGACCACGAGGACGAGGUCGAGGUCGACGACACGCAGGAGAUCCAGAUCGAGGAGGCCCUGAAGCUCUACCAGACCGCCCUCAAGCUGCACUCCGAGGGCCCCACGUCCUUCCUCAAGACCGCCACAGCCUACAAGGAGCUGUUCGACUCGGACAUCUUCAAGUACAACGAAUCGCUCUCCGAGUAUAAGCGCCAUGAGGUCUUCGGCGAGACCCUGGUCUUCGACUCCAUCCUCGAGGACGACUUCGAGGUCGGCCCUGCGCAAUCGGCAGGCACCGCCGACAGCGCGCCGAACACGCUCCCGCAGAUACUGCAUCUCUCCUACAAGAACCAUGGCCAAUUUCUGCUCGAGUCGAUGCAGCACUGGGUCGCACAACAUGGCAGUGCGCCCAACGUCGAGGGCUGGAACAACAUUCGAGGUGCGCUCAGCUACUUUGCCGAGGCGCUGGACAAGGAGGACACAGAUCUCGACCUGUGGUUACGCGCCGCAUCGGUAGCAGCUAUGCUCGGCAGCAAGCGUCUGACCCGCUACUGCUUGGAGGCCGUUAUGGACGGCAACGACGAGCUGUGGGAGAGUUUGCUGCGUCUCCCAGGUCUUGAAGAGGGUCUGGCAGGCCAACAGCUGCGUGAACUAGUCGGAAAGCUGGAGGAUAACGUUUCCCUAAUGCAACCUCCAUUAUCGACCAUGAAACGGAAGAAGCUCUCCGAGACUCUCAAGAAGCGCCUGAACCCGUACCCGUUCGCCCCGCUGCCCGCUGACGUUGCUGAAAAGAACAGCCGACGAGUCAUUGAGCAGGAGCCCGACCACAUCGCUCUGACGUCGGCGAAAUGGGACUGGUCAAGUGUUGGAGAAACGAUACUACAGCACUUCAUAGCAGAGCAGCGAGGCAUCACAGGAAGCACAGCCCCAGGAUCCAACGUGCGAAUUCUAAUACCUGCCGAGCUCGAGUCACAGCGCAUCGAGCCCGAAUCUGCACCUGCCGUGGAAGAAGUCAUGGAAGAUCAGCCGUCUCCACCCCAGGCUGCGGAGCCUUCCCUUCCUGCUCCUGAAACAGAGACUGCUACCAAAAUAGAACCUGAUGCUGAGGCCGCUCAAGAUGGUAACGAUCAGGUGGCAGAGGCUGCGCCAGCACCUUCGCGCAAACGAUCAACCGAUUCUGCCGGCCUUCCAGAGACAGCGGAAGGGGGUCGUGCGAAGCGCAUACGUACUCGCAAUACAGCGACCGGCCAGGUGGGUGAAACCGUCGUACAGGAUGCCAGCAGCUUGCUCGAGGGCCAGUUGGAACACUUCGCCCACGCAGACCAGUGCUUGUAUGAGAUCGUUAACGACAUCUAUACUCGCUUGGGCGUCAAGAGUUUACUACACCCUAACGAGCUACGAACUCUGCUGCUUGCUCUCCCUGAUUCAACGGCGACUGAAGUUGAUGACAAAGCUGCCUGCGACAUGUAUCUGGCUCUGCAGACUGGCAAUAGUAAAGCUGCGCAGGUCUUGCUUAGCACUGAAUCAUUCGAUUUGGUCGGAGUCACACGUGAAGCUGGUCUCAAUGCAUUUCUAGGCUACGCAAAGGCAAGCGGGGGCCAAUCGUCUCCAAAGCCUGUACUGCAAGACCAAGGGCUACGAGCCUUUGCACAGAGCAUCAACGCCAGUUGGUUUUCGACAAAGGAAGUUGCAUUCGCCUGGGUAGAGGUACUGUUGUCUCGAGGGUCGUUCGCCGGCCGACAGCCAUCGCACAGUGACGCUCCCAGUUACCUGGGUUUCAAAUGGGCCGACGACCUGAAGCGAAACAUAGUCCAGAUCAUCGUUAACGUUGAUGAGUAUAUCUUUGAGCGCAUGCAGGAGCGUAUAAGCAGUCUAGACGAACGGAUCCUCACAUCCUCAGCCGCAUCACAAAGUUAUUCCCUGUCCGACUUUGAUGCCUCGCAGGUUGAGAUAGUUCAGACGCUAUUUGAGCUUCACCUUGACAUCUACUCCCUGAUUAAACACCCUCACAGCCAAGUAGAUACAGCAACCAAGACAUUACAGAGCGAUCGACUCGAGCGCUGGUCGACCCUCGCCCGAGAUGCUAUUCAGCUUCGAUCGAGCUGCCGUCAAGACAACAGCAUGGAUGACUUAUCUCUGCGCCACGUAUGGGCUUCGGUUUUCCAGAUGAGCGUCAAAGAUGACGUCCCGCCUGAGCAUGUGCUGUCUGCUAUUGCGGAGCUGAAGGACAUGUUUGUUGCACUUGACAACCACAUAAUCCAGGUACAGAACAACGCGGUCAUGCCAGAGCUGUCUGUGGCUGCUCUCGACCGUGAACUAGUGCGCAUCAGCAUGAAGGAUUUCUUCUUAAAGGUAUUCGACCAUGACGAGAAGGACCCAGUCACAGUCAUCGAGAGUCUGGAGCCGAUUCUAGAGCAAGGCGACGUGAGUGAGCAAUCUGCCACAGAUGACCAAGACGAUGGAGCAAACCCGCAGAUCACGUCGUCAGCUUCAAACUCAAUCGAUGUUCCAGAGGUGCUGGUGGAGGGCGAGUCAGAGCGACCAUCGCCUAUACUCGAGAUGCGCAAGUUCCUCGAUACAGCAAAUGUCAACGUGCGUUUGUCACUCUGGCAGCGACUGCGGGAAGCCUACGACACUAUCGAGUACCCGCCAAAGGUAUUGUCGUGCUAUCUGAGAAGUAUCGAGGCUUUCGUCGAUGACUUCGAAACAACAACCUUCCAAGAGUUAUCACUAGUCGAGCGACAGAUCAAACUGUUGACCCGCUUUAGAGUCAUUGACGAUAUGGUGGUUAAGGUCCUGCAAAUAAUGAGGGGUGAGCCUACAGCUUUUGACUGCUUGUCAUAUGAGCAUGUGCAGUCAUCCAUGUCGGCUGUUGCGAAGUUGCUGCACAUUCUAUCGGCUGCCAACAUGUUCCGAGAUCUGAUUCGUAUUGGGAAGACUGCAAUUCCCAGGAUUGAGGGCUUGCCUGGUCAAGCGUUUCUCAGUAUGUCGACCAGAUUGGACGAUAUUCAGUUGCGGCUUUGGACGCUCCAGUACUACCUGUUCAGAGAAGGACUGUCGCAGAACACCGCAGCCUUCCCCAACCCAUCUGACGAUCUCUUCGAGUUCCUGCGACACGUACAUCACGCAGCUGGGAUUCGUGGGUUCUGCCAUCUUUCUGGACGCCAGUUCUUGAGGUUGGCCAAAGCCGAGAUCUUGCGUCUGGACAACAUUAUCGACGCCACUAGUCGCGACACUGAGUUCUGCCAGGUGCUGCAUGAUCUUUACGGUCUCAAGCUGUUUCUGGAGCCACUUGAGUGCCAGGACUUUUCCUCGAGCCCAGACACCCUCGACAAAAAGGCUGCGUUCGAUCUCCUUCCUUUUGUCAUGUCUCAAACUGCGAAGGUCGACCUGAAGGAUCUACCCAAGACUAAGCAGGAGCUGAGAGCUUCUAUCGAGAAGGUUCACGCCGCGCUGGGACGACCCAAGCAGCACGAAGAUGUCACUUUCAACCGCAAAGCCAUCACAACUUUCUUCAAGUCGCCCAUUAACCCGAUAAUGCUGUUCGAUUGUCUCAAGGGUAUCGGUGCACUCGUUGCACGUACUAUCCCUGACGAGGAAGCUGUUGCCGCGUCAAAGGGCUGGUUCUUCUUGAUGGGUAACAUCGCACUGAGCAAGUUCAAGUCCCAGAAACGCAUGACCCAGGGGCCCACCGAGGACCUUAACUACGCACAAGCCUUCUUCCUUCAAGAUCUGGAAUACUCCAUCGAACGGUGGGAGACGUGGUACCGGAUUGCUCAGGUCUACGACACGCAGCUUGAAGAGGCCGUCUCCUGGAACGCAGACAAGAUGAAUAGUAAUACCAUCGAGCUCGCCAACUUCCAGCGCGGCGCAAUCAACUGCUACACCAUGGCCGUAGCAUACUCGUCACGCGUCGUCGACGCAUCUCCCCGGGAGCGAGCCAUGAUCGCGCAAAUGUACACAGAGUUUGGUGACCGCAUCUACGCAUCGUCACGGGAGCCUUUCAACAUGGAAGCUUUCCACACACGAGACGCCGAGCGCCGCUUCGUUAACGUGCCUGGGUCUACAGGCGCUUCACGCGAUAUAUUGUUCACUCCUCUGCGGCCGUACACGGCGUGGAAGUUCGCGAGCACGCUGUAUAAACGGGCUAUCAAGAGUAACAACGAGAAGUGGUGGAAUCACUACAUGCUGGCGAAGAGUCUGUGGAAGAUGUGGUCUGCGAACGAUAAUGCUGUUCGUAAGGCCGCCGCCCUGGAGGCUGCUGCACUGGAGGCGAGGGCUCAGGGUGCGAUUGUACCAGAGCCGACCGCUCCAAUUUUGCCAGAGCCUCACGGUCCGACAUGGGAGGAUGUGAUCAACCCUGCUGUGGGUGCUAUCGAAAGGCUGCCCGACAAGAAAGGCAGGAGUGGCGAGCCGGUACUGGAGCCUCACUACAAACUGGCCACGAUUGUCCACAAGCUUGUUAAGCGCAAAGCUCUGCACGCCUCAAAGGGGGCUGAGGUCCUCUCGAACACUUUCUACUCGAAAAACAUUGGUCCUCCUGCGACUUACGACGACUGGGAGGGUUACAUUCUCGCUGUCAUCAAAGCCAUGCGCACUGCAGACAAGUCGAGUUGGCAUCACCGCAUCAUAGCACGAUCGGCCCAGAUUCUCUACGACGAUGGCAAGGAACUUCUCCAAGCGCACGCCGCGAAGCACGAACUGACGCAGACAAUCUUCACCAAGACCAUGGCGGUCCAGGUGUGGAAGCCGGAGUAUGAGCGCCCUGGCCGCCACUUCGUGUACACGCUACGUUACACCAAGUUUUUCAUCGACUUGCUCGAAACGACAGCAGACAAGACCAAUUUCGAGGCUCUAGCGAGGCGCGUGCGCCGCAAGCAAACAGACUUCUUCCAGCACAGUGAGCUGUGGAAGGAGCUGUGCAACCGCUACCUGGCUUUGCUGCGACGCUCGGCCGGUAUAAAAGAGGGACAGGAAGACUCAGCUUUCAAGUCAGUCAAUCAGGAAGACUUUGGUGUUCUCGCCGCACGACUGGAGGCGUGGUGCCAAGACCCAUCUACGCAGCAUCCUGUGCUGGAUGUGCUCCGCGAUGCCAUGGAACUGAAGCGUCUCAACAACGGCAUGAUGAAGCCCAACACGAUCGACGACCUCACUGGCGAUAGCUACGCCAUGCUGUACACGACCGUUGGACCGACCCUACCGGCUCUGCCCUCCGAGCAGCAGCAGCCCAGCCAGCCCAGCGCAGUGCCGCAGCCACCCCCCAAUCCUUUCUCCGUGGCUUCAUUGAUACAAGGCCAAGUCGAUGGCACCACCGAGCACAAACUCCCCUUCGCAAUGUUCCACCCGAACCAACUCCAGCCGCCACCACCCCAGGCCCCUACCGCCCCCGAGCCCGUGCCACGCGCCCGCGCCAAAGCCGUCGGGAAGCGCGAAAUCCAGCGGCGCGCUGAGGCAUGCGUGCAGAAGACCGCGGUGGCCAGCACCCCGCAGCAGCCCACGUCGAUGCCCAUCCGCUCGCCCUCGGUCACCAGCGCCACCAUCCCGGCGCUCUUCCAGCGGAGCCAGGACAAGUCCGAUCAUCCUUCCACCCUCACCUCGAGCAGUGGUCUCGCAGCGAGCCUUCUCGCGGCGUCGACGUCGUUCGAGAGUGCGCCCGGGACCGCGGCGGCGAGCGUGAGCGGCGAGCACGCGGCGGACACGGACAUGGACGACGGCGAGGGCGAAGGUGAGCACGACCGCGACCACGACCACGACGCCGACAACGAGGACCACGACGCCGACAACGAGGGCGAAGGCGAAGGCGAAGGCGAAACCGAAGCCGACGCCGACAUCGACCCCGAGCCCCACGCCGACCCCUCACCACACCGCACCACGCACGACUCCGACGCCGACGACGAAUCCGAACUCAGCGAGCUCGACGACGAAGUCGUACAGCAGAUUGCGCAUCAAGUGCAGAGCCAGCAGCUGCGCCAGAGCCGCGAGAUGAUGGUGCAGCAGCAGUUGUUGCGCGAGCAGAGCCAAGGUCAAAAUCGGGAGGGGCAGAGCCAGAGUCAGGCGCAGGCGCAGCAGGGGCAGGCACAAGGCCAUGGUAGACGGGGCGCGAGUCUGAGUUUCGCGGGCGUGCGGCCCAUGUUUCCGGGGUUGUUUGUGGGGCGCAGGGCUGGGGGUGGGAAUGCGGAGGGGGAGGGGACGGGGUAG